GAUAUUUACAUCUUGCUUACCAGAAAAUCUGCCAUUUUUGUCAUAACGUUGUCAUAGCAAUGGCAUCGAAGUCAGUAGUUAACCAUCUCUACCCUCCGCGUUUUUUCAAUAUAUAUAUAUAUAAUAUAUAAAAUCCCUCAAAGCCGGGGGGUACAGCACAUAGGGACAAGAAAAGAUAUUUCAAAUUUCAUAAUUUUCAUUCAUUCACACACAUUACACAUUUUAUGUUUACCACCUAAAAAAAUUACAAUAUCUCUGCUAUCUGUAGUAUGAGCUAUAGUUUACUAAAAUACAAGAGUCACGUUGAAAAUGGAGACACCGUUAUAGUUUAUAUGGGUAAAGGGAGAAAGGUAGCCUUACAAAUUAAGAGAGGCGAAAUCUUCAACACAAACUUUGGUCCUUUUCCACAUAACCAUCUCAUUGGUCAGAAAUAUGGCUCAAAGGUAUUUUCCAAGACAAAAAAAGGAUGGAUUUACAUGUUGUUUGCUACACCAGAAUUAUGGACAGUGACAUUGCCACAUCGAACACAGAUCUUAUAUAAUGCAGAUAUUAGCAUGACUCUCUUGCAACUAAACCUUAGACCUGGAUCAAUUGUUGUUGAAUCAGGAACUGGUAGUGGUUCAAUGUCCCAUGCCAUAUUGCGAACCAUCGCACCUUGUGGACAUCUUUACACUUUCGAAUUUCAUGAAAUGCGAGCAACUAUGGCCAGAGAUGAAUUUGAACGUCAUGGUCUUUCUGAUAUGGUAACGGUUACUCAUAAAAAUGUUCUUGAAAAUGGAUUUGGUUUAAGCAAUGUUGCUGAUGCUGUGUUUUUGGACCUUCCUUCGCCAUGGGAUGCAAUAAAGUUUUCGAAAGAGGCAUUGAAGACUAAUGGCGGACAUCUGUGCUCUUUUUCACCAUGUAUUGAACAAGUCCAACAGACAUGUAUUGUUUUAGAAGAGAAUGGUUUUAGAGAUAUCCGUACCAUGGAAUGUCUGCAACGAAAAUACAGCGUAACAUCGAUAAAGGCAGAUGUACCAAACUUUGGCGAUAGAAAUGCAAAAGAAGAAGACGAUAUGGCAGAGCCACCUGAAAAACGAAGUAACUGCGAAUUAGACGAUGAUGAGAAGAAGAUACAAAACAGUACAAAAGAAAGUUUCAUCAAGAGAACGAAGGAAGAAAAAGUUGCAAUGAAAAAUAAAAUAUUUACCGAUAUAACUAUUUCUCGACCUGUUCUACCAAUACCUGGUCAUACGGGCUAUUUAACGUUUGCCUCGUGGUAUUCUUAAAUGAUAUAUAUAAAUAAACCCGAUAGUAGUAGCACUCUGAAUAGAGUUGAUAUCUUCAUGUAAAAAUAUUUCAUGAAAAUAACUCAUUCCUUUGUACAUGAAUAAGUGAUGGUAAAAAUCUUGUUUUGAUUAUUCUUCCGAUAUAUAUAUUGUCAAGCAA